GCGAUUGCUACGCCCCAGUCACACCUGCGGUUGCGCAGACGGAGUCGGUCCCGCGACGCUGCGAUCUAAGGCGGAAGACGGGACGGAGAAUAGGAUUCCUUCUCAGCCACCGGAGAAUCCUUCAGGAGAAAAGAUUCUGUCAAUUCAGAGUUCAGGCUGCUGUAUAAGAGUGGGAUGAAUCCAGCUUGCUUUCCAUUGGUGAUGAUGCCAUUCAGAGAGCUUGAAGAGGCAAGCUCGGGCCCAGAAUCUAACCCUACGGACGCGGUUAUCUUCGUUGGUAUCAGCUUGGUCUUAGGGAUCGCUUGCAGGCAUCUGUUGAGGGGUACCAGAGUUCCCUACACCGUCUCUUUGCUCUUCAUUGGCAUUGGCCUCGGAGCCUUGGAUUAUGGAAAGCAUAAUCAGUUGGGAAUGAUUGGGAAUGGGAUUCGUAUUUGGGCAAAUAUUGAUCCUUACCUUUUGUUGGCUGUAUUUCUUCCUGCACUUCUCUUUGAGAGUUCAUUCUCGAUGGAAGUGCAUCAAAUAAAGUCGAUCGAAUUUCUCCUCAGCCGACUCAGCCUUCUGCCCUCCUCAACUUCUCCUCAGCCGGCGCAGCCCCUCCUCUCUCUCCCGAGUCCAAACAGCGCGCUUCCAGAGUCCAGACUCCACUUCGCAGACUAAAAGUUUAGACUUAAACAAUAUAUAUUUAUAUAUAUUUAUAUAUAUUAUAUUUAUUUAUUUAUUUAAAUAAUGUUCGCCAUUUGACCGCCCGCCGCUCGCCGCGCUUCUCGCCAUAAAAAAGAACCUCUCGCCUGCCACUCACCAUUCACAACUAUGAUGGAUACAAAUAAUGAUAUCCAUAUGAAUGACCUCUUCUAUGAAAAUUUUUAGACUUGCAUGUUUGGGUCAUUAAACCAGCGGAAUGGAGAUGAAUUUUUUUGAAUUAUGUUGUUAUUUGUGGUCUUCUAAAUGCUUGUGAACACUUCUUUC